CACGUGCAGUGAGAGCGCCGGCUCACUCCGGCCGUCCCCCGUGUUAGGGGCCCCCGCUCGUUCCCUCCCCUCAUGAGGCCAUAAGCUCCCUGACUGCUCGUACGGCCGUAUCAAUCUAGUCCUCUCCCAUCCUCCCUAGCCCAGAGCCCGUAGAUGGCUGAUUCUGACCCUGGGGAAAGAAACUACGACAACAUGCUGAAAAUGCUGUCAGACCUGAAUAAGGACUUGGAAAAGCUAUUGGAAGAGAUGGAGAAAAUCUCAGGUGCCCUGAGCGGCAGCCCCGCCCUGUGGCCUGACGGGGCCUGUCCGGUUGCAGUGCAGGCCACCUGGAUGGCCUACGACAUGGUGGUGAUCCGCACCAACCCCACGCUGGCCGAGUCCAUGCGCCGGCUGGAGGACGCCUUCCUCAACUGCAAGGAGGAGAUGGAGAAGAACUGGCAGGAGCUGCUCAACGAGACCAAGCGCAAGGAGUAGGCCCUGCGCCCGCCCCGGGCCACCCCCCCCAGCCGCCGUGCCACCACCUGCCUGUGCGGAGAAGCCCCUGGGGGUGGAGCUGGCACCCAGAUACACAGCUGUAUGCCCUGUACUUGUUUCUCAAUAAACUUAUUUUCAAGCACGA